AUGUUACAAGAAGUUAAAAAAAGGAAAGAAAAAGCAGCAAAAUGUUAUGGGUUAGAGAGUUUUCUUCAGCCCGGUUGCCCGAUUUCUGUAUCCGGCCCGUUUCGUGACAAUGUGCGUUUGUUUCUUGAAGAAUGUGGGCAGGUUGAGGAUUAUAGUGUUGAAGGAAUGCCGAUUUGGUGCACAUUACUCGUACACGAAAACCGAGGGUUUACACUUCCUUUGUAUACUAUUGAAGAAUGUGUCAACAAUUCUCUUCAACCUCUUUGUGAUCACUGCAAAUACUCUGGAUGGAGUCACAAUUUUGUAUCAAAAAAGAAGUACCAUUUCAUUAUUCCGAUUGACUACGAAUGGAGCAAACCAAUUGAGGAAGGUGUACUUGAUCUUCAAACUCACAUUUUACAUGGUUUAAUACAUAGCAACGGAUUUGGACACCUUCUCUGCAUCAAUGGAAUUGAAGGUGGAUCAAAUCUCAUUUGUGGUAGAGAAGUCAUGGAUCUUUGGGACAGAAUCUGCACAUCACUUCAUAGCAGGAAAAUAAGCGUCGUGGAUAUCUCAAAGAAGAGAAAGAUGGAUCUUAGGUUGCUGUACGGGAUAUCCUAUGGGUAUACAUGGUUUGGAAGAUGGGAUUACAAGUUCUGCCAUGGAAGUUUCGGGGUCACAAAAGAUCAAUACGAGCAAGCUCUUCAAAUUUUAAGCUCUCUCAGACUCGACUUUAUAUCUCAGGAUGAUCAUACUAUAGAAACAAUGAUCACUAGAUAUCGCGAAUUAAGUGAUGAUGAACUGAUCACUAUUCGAGACAUGUUUAGGUUCAUGCUUUCACUCAAAUACCGAACCCCACAAAAUAAAACCAAUGUUGAUUCAGUUUCAAAAACAAGACCCAAGUCCAAAAAGAAGAAGGAGAAAUACGUGGGAUGUAGAAAGUUUCCGAGUUUGGCAAACAGAUUGGAGAGUAGAUGGCAAGUGAAACGGCUAGAACAUGUUGCUAAUGUGGUGGUCAACAUUUUAAAAGAAAAGAAAACUGGGAUGAGCAGACAGGAUUUAAGGGAAAAUGCCCGGUUACACGUUGGUGAUACUGGUUUGAUCGAUUAUGUGCUGAAAUCGAUGGAUAAUGUGAUUGUAGGGGAGUAUGUGGUUCGGCGUGCACUUAAUCCUUGUACAGGUUUUCUUGAGUAUUCACUUCAAGAUGAGAAAUCAACUGACAGAUUUGACUCGGUGAUUUUGAGUGAUGUAUAUGCAGAUGUAGAGUAUCUGUAUCAGCAUGUUUUGAUAGAUACAGAUUCUGACGAGGUUAAGUUUGGAGUGAGCACGGUUUUAGACAGUAAAAAUUUUACAAAGGAGUGGCCUUUUACUGAUUAUGUUGAUGACAUUUUGAGGUUUGUAUGUCGACUAGAAGAACCUCUAGUUACCACUGAGUCAAGAAGAAACUCGGUUAUUGAGUUUGUGGAGGUGCCAUUUUAUGCCACAAUUGGUGAUCUAAAAGCAGCAGUGGAAACUGCAAUGAGAGACACAUAUUGUGUUAUGGAGAAGUUUGAGGUUAGAGGGUUUGUGGAAUCAGAUGGUUUGGAUGAUAAUGAGCUGAUCUUUGGGACACUAGAGUCAGGGUCUGAGAUCACGGCUAGUGGGUUUGGGGUUGACUUGUUGACUGCAAAUAACUUGCAGUAUGAAGGUGGUGCUGAUAAUUGGGUGUUGAAGUGUAUAUGUGGUGCGAGGGAUGACGAUGGAGAAAGGAUGGUGGCAUGUGAUAUUUGUGAUGUGUGGCAGCAUACACGGUGCAGUGGGAUUGACGAUGAUGAGGCUGUUCCGCCGGUUUUCAUGUGUUACCGUUGUUGUGACCCGGUUGCUCAAGAGAAGUACCCGGCCAAGGAGAUCGUUGGCAAGGGUUUGAUGGACUUGAUGAUGGUUCCUGUUUGUAAAGAUGCACAAAUUGAUAUGUUUUGCUAUUGACAAUAUCCAAUUCUUUCAUUGUUUGGUAAAUGUAUAGA